AACCUUUGCGGUAAUUAUAUCCAUGUGUAGUGUAAAGCUCCCGGGCACGCCUCCGUUAAAAUUAAUUUAGAAUUCUAUUAAUCUAACCCUCAAUUCCUGCAAAUAUUUUCUGGGCCGCUUUCGUCCCGAAAAGCGCUUCCUGAGGGCCACUCGCUACCGGAGCGACUGCAGCAUCCCAUAGCUGACCGUUCGAGGGGACUGGGGUGGUGCUCCUCCCGAUCCGUCCCCGGGCUCCCUGCGCGGCAGCAGCCGCCGGUGCGGAGUGGGGCGGGAGCGGCGACGGGGCAGGUUCGAAGAAGGCGCCGCCGGCGGGGCGGGCUGACGCGGGCUGUCAUGUGAGCGGCCCCGCUCCCAGGGUUCAGUGUGGGCCUGCUUGCCCCACCCCGCCGCUCCGCCGCCUCGGUGCAGUUCAAUAGGGAGAAGGUGGGGGGGUGGGGAAAAAAAAAAGGAAAGAAAGAGAGAGAAGAGGAAAAAAAAAAAAAAAAGAAAAGAAAAAAAGGAAAAGAAAUGCGGGAGAGAGCAGGAUAAAUAAGACGGGGAAAGAAAUCUCCCUUGAGGGACAGGUUUCGCUCAGGGGGAGAGACCCAACAGGGUUUUGAAAAUUAUUUUUUCCUUCCCCGCUCGCUGGAGAAGCCGAGAGGAUUCAGCCGCCUGGAAACCUGAUGUGAAAAAACAGCAGCCAGGAGAGGGAUUUAAAAAAAAAAAAGGAAAGAAAAAAAAAGGAAGGGGGCUUGGAUUGGAUCCCCCCGCCUCGGUGAGGGAGGAAGGACCCGCGGCGGUCAGAGGGCGAGGAGCAGCGGCGGACAGCAAGGGAAGGGGACCCGACCUCCGCCGGGAGCCGCGGCUGGCGUGACCCCCUCAACGCUUCUGCCCGUAGGCGCGGGGGAGAGGCGACGAAGAGACGUUUCCCUAUCCUCCCCGCCGAGGAUUUGGGGAGGUUUCCGUGCCCGGAGCCCGUGCCUUUGGAUCUAAAGAGGAUUUUUUUUUUUUUUGGGGGGUGUCACUGAAGCUGGAUUUGUUCCUGUGCGUGCGACGCCGAAGGGGGGGCAUUUCUGUUCCCUCUAGAGGAGCCGGCGGCCCGGCGGGUCCGCGGAGAUCCCCGCGGAUCACUCCGCAUCGCGCCCAGCCGCCACCCCCCCCGGGAAAGGUGCGCUGAGGGGAUCGGCGCGGGGCUGAGCGGGGGGGCGGGGGAGGAGAAGCAGCUGCAGCUGCCGGGGAGGAGGCCCGGCGGAGCAGCAGCAAAGUCAUCGCCAUCGGCCCCCCCUUGGCUGGCUUCGGGCUCGGCUCUCUCCAUGUCUCUGUCUCUGGGCAGUCGCCGCCACAGCAGCGAGUAGCGGGGGGAGGAGGAGGAGGAGGAGGAGGAAGAAGAAGAAGAAGGGAGCCCGGGAGAGUGCCUCCCCCCCCCCGGCAGCCCCGGCCGCCUCCCGUCCCCUCGCCCCGCGUCCCCUGCCUCCCCCUCCCCAAGAUGGGCUGUUUAGGGAACAGCAAGACGGAGGAUCAGCGCAACGAGGAGAAGGCGCAGCGGGAGGCCAACAAGAAGAUCGAGAAGCAGCUGCAGAAGGACAAGCAGGUCUAUAGGGCCACGCACCGGCUCCUCCUGCUGGGUGCUGGUGAAUCCGGUAAAAGCACAAUAGUCAAACAGAUGAGGAUCUUGCAUGUGAAUGGAUUUAAUGCUGAGGAGAAGAAAAUGAAAAUCCAGGAUAUUAAAAACAACAUUAAAGAAGCUAUAGAGACAAUAGUGACAGCAAUGGGCAAUUUGGCACCUCCAGUUGAACUAGCCAAUCCAGAGAACCAAUUUCGAAUCGACUACAUCUUAAAUUUAGCGAACCAGAUAGACUUUGAUUUCCCACCUGAGUUUUAUGAACAUACGAAAACACUUUGGCAAGACGAAGGUGUGAAAGCCUGCUAUGAGAGAUCUAAUGAAUAUCAACUGAUUGAUUGUGCACAGUAUUUUCUAGACAAGAUUGACAUAGUCAAACAAAAUGAGUAUACACCAUCUGACCAGGAUCUUCUCAGAUGCAGAGUUUUGACAUCAGGAAUUUUUGAAACCAAGUUUCAGGUGGAUAAAGUAAACUUUCAUAUGUUUGAUGUUGGAGGACAAAGAGAUGAACGCCGAAAAUGGAUCCAGUGUUUUAAUGAUGUGACUGCUAUCAUAUUUGUGGUGGCGAGCAGUAGCUACAACAUGGUUAUACGAGAGGACAAUCAGACCAAUCGGCUUCAAGAAGCACUAAACCUCUUCAAGAGUAUCUGGAACAACAGGUGGCUACGGACCAUUUCAGUAAUUCUUUUCCUGAAUAAACAAGACUUGCUAGCAGAGAAAGUUUUAGCAGGGAAAUCUAAAAUUGAAGACUACUUCCCGGAAUUUGCUCGCUACACUACACCAGAUGAUGCAACUCCAGAGCCUGGUGAAGAUCCUAGAGUUACAAGGGCCAAGUAUUUUAUUAGAGACGAGUUUCUUAGAAUCAGCACAGCAAGUGGAGAUGGAAGGCACUAUUGCUAUCCUCACUUCACAUGUGCAGUGGAUACAGAGAACAUCCGGAGGGUUUUCAAUGACUGUCGGGACAUUAUACAGCGCAUGCACCUUCGCCAAUACGAGUUGUUGUGAUGGAGAGCAUUUUUUCUGUGUUUUGGACUCCUUAUUCCUUAUGAGAAAAAAAAAAAAGAAAAACCCCACCCUUGUCCACAUAGGGUGGAAGAGAACUGUUUGAAUCUCCCAUUGAUUUGCACCCCUCAACUUUUUUCUCCUUGCUGGACAAUAGCAGCACUUCUAAGCUUGCUUCUGUACCCCUCGGACAGUUUGAGGUGGCCCCUAACACGUAAAAGGCCAUUUCCAUGAGGAUUCCCUAACACUGUUAUUAACAAAAAAGAGGGGGGAAAAAAAUAAUUGAAAGCCCUGAAUGUGGAGCACCUGAAAGAAUUUAGGAUAAAAAAAAAAAACAAACAUAAAACAAAAGUUGGGGAGAGAAAACUGUAGGUAAUUUAGCACUGUUGUGGGCAUAAUCAUGUAGCCCAGGAUCUCCACUCUGUAUCGUUCACUGCAUCAGACUAAAGAAGGUGCCGAGUCACAGACCAAGUUUGAAGACAGACACUUGGGUUUGGUUCUCUGACUGUAAUGUGGCUUUGAACGAAAAUACUGACAGUUCUACAGCAGAGCUAGACAGUGCAAAAACCAACUGCUACCUUUCAGAAGGGUAUUUUUAAAACCAGUCUUGGUGGUCUAAAGACAACCAUGGACAUCUAUGAAUUGAACUGCGUAUGGCCUGUGAUUGCAGAAAGAGUUAACCACACACUGUUUUCAGUUUGUCCACUGAUGAUCCUGUCUGCUAUAAAAAUCAUUAUCUGGACUGUAGUCCUCACAGUCUUUCCCUUCUUUUUCUUCUUCCCUCCCCUCAUUUUUUAUUUUACUGCUGGAUUAUUAUUCUUGUACAGACUGUAAAAUGUAUUAUUUUGUACAACUUUAUUGAAAAAAAAAAACCCUUGUAGAAGAUCUUUGUGCCUUGAUUAUGGCUGUACCUGUACAAUGAGCUAAGAUGUAAGUAUGUUUGAUUGCGCUGUACAGCUUUGUCAACCCUAUCUGCAGCAUUAGCUCAAGGUAGGGAAAAUUUAUCUGUAGUUUAGUUUUUCUGGUUUAUAAAAGAAGGAAAAAUACUGUUUAGUAAAAAAAAAAAAAAAAAAAAGAAAAAAAGGAAAAAAAAAAGGAAAAAAAAAAAGUACAAAUUGUGCAAACUUAACCACUUUAAAAGUGAGGUCUUCAACAAGUGACCAGAUGUUGCAGCAUCAUGCUUUUUAAUUUUUAGCUUUAAUUCAUUUAAAUCUCUAUCCAAAUGCAAAACAUGGCUUGUUUCUACAUAAACCAAAUUUUGCUACAAAUUAUAAAUGUUAGUCUUUGGUCAUUCAUAGUCCUUUUUGCUAAAGACAAAACCAGAACAAUAACAGACACAUAGGGCAUCAAGCAGGUCUGGUGACCAUCUCUAGACUGGGCCAAAUACCCACCAACCUCCACUGACGCUGCGUGGGCAAACUACUACCAGGAUGACAAGGUGUGCACUGCCCUUGGAUUUGGCCACUGAAUUCCAGUUUCAAAUGACAUUUUUAUUUCUCUUUUAAUAAAGAGAUACUUUAGAACCUUUUUGUUUUAUAUUAACUAUAUAAGUAGCUUAAAGUGAAGAUGUGUGGAUUUUUCUUAAACUUGAAUAAUUUAUGCAAAUUAUAUGCUUAGAACAACAUGUGGUACAGUAAAAAGAAAAAGAGCAAAAAUCACUGUAGCAAUAAGAGAGCAUGUAAUUUUAGUAACUACUACACUGCUUUAUAUUUUAUACCUAGGUGUUUUAUGUCUCUGUGAGUGUGUUACUUUUUCAUGUGUCUAAAACCUACAUGUACAAUUUGUACAGAGUCGGAAAUUACAGCUGUAAUAACACAUCUAGAACAGUGUUAGCCUAUAUUACUCAAACACCCCUGUUCACCCUUCAUCCACACCCCUAAACUGAUCUGGAUCUUACGGCAGUGACUUUAAAAGGAAAACAAAAGAAAGAAAAACACCAAAAUACUUGCCUCUUUGCCUUUCACACUAGCUUCCCUCCACCCAAGAGACUGUGUUAACUUUGUUUUUUGGGAAGAGGUCCAGUUUAAAUUACAAUUAGGGUGUGGUCAGUGAUGUCUGUGCAGCUAGAUUUGCUUCAGGUAUCAGAUGCCUUUUUAAUACUAAGAACCACAACUGUUCAGAAUUCUGAGUUUGCAUUGCGUUUGUGGCUAAACUUAAAAAUGAAAUCACCUCCCCUGUUCCCACUUAAAGAGCAGGGAUGUGAUGGAGUUACUGUCUCAUCUCUCUUUGUUCCAAAUUAGUAGUGGUCUUCCUGAUGACACUAAAUGGGAUAAAAUUUUUAGCUGCAUUUGCUACUCACCUUUUUAAAAUGCUCUUUCCUGUUCACAGGUUUAGAAAGUUGCCACCAGAACUUUGUAGAACUGCAGAGAACACGACUGAAAAUAGCCCCCUACAAUUCAAGAAUGUAUCCAGUGCCUGUAGGUUAAGGGCUGGUGUUUCCACUAGGUAAAAAUGGGACACAUAUAGUGGAAAGAAAAUCCAUUGUGAGCCUUAAUUUUAGUUACAGGAGCCAAAAUCUUUAUUUUAGUGCCAACCCUUAACUUUUUAAGCCUAGGAGGAGUUGGUGUAAAGACCAAAUUUAUAAAUGGAGAAAAGCUGUAAUGGAGUGAGGAAUGUAAUCUCUCAUCUGAGAGAAACAAAGCACCUCCAUUAAAAAGAAAAAAAAAAGCUUCUUCCUCUGACAGUGAGAAAGCUGCAUAAUAACAAGGAUAUAAGAUAGCAGUUUAAGAAAUCUAAAGCUUUAUAUGAAAAGAAAUGUUUAGGGGAUGCUUGUUUGUUUUGUUCUGUUUCGUUUUUCCUGAAGAAAAAGGCAAUUGUUUUGAAUAUGGUCAAGUUGCACAAGUAUGGAGUGUGUGUGGUCUUAAUGUCUCAGUAUUGCCUUUGUUAGUCUCUUUAUUAGUCCAUGCAGUUUGGUGGCCUGGUAAAUGCAAGUCUUAUUUUUAAGCUUUCUUUUUUUUUUUUUCUUAAUACAAAAACAAAACAUAAAGCUUUAAUGCUUGCUAUUUAAUAAGUAACUGUGUUUUCUUCUGUCUCUAAUUUAGUGGCCAUAAUUUGCAGUUAAUUGAACCAUUCCAACUUAAAGGUUACCCAUAUUUCCUAGUUUUGUUUUAUUUAUUUAUUUGAACUUCUUGUUUUCAUGAUUGAGGACUUUCACUUCUGUCUCAUUCAUUUGUUUGGAAACUUCUGACCUUACAGCCAAAACUUAACUCAUUCUACUCAGUAUUCAUCAUGAUGCUGAAGUGUAAGAUACCUGCAAAUGUAAACACUACCACUUUUACUAAUAAAAGCAAAUACAGUGUUUUAGGGCACAUUUGCAUCACUAUAGCUGAGGUUGUGUCAGUAUUUCCAUUAUAAACCCAUAGAGGAUCUAUAUCUUGGCAUUAAAUUGUCCUCAGCUAAAUAUUUGCUGUACAGGGCUUCUACUGAAGCAUGAUUUGGUGGGUUGGUUUUUAAACCAUUUCCAACACAAACUCUUGUUUCUGUUUUAAGUUAUACAAUUGUUUUGUUGGAGGGGGGUUGUGGUGGUUUAAAAAAAAACAAACAAAUAACAAAACCAACAAACCUGAUUCAGGAUGGGUUUUGGCACUUCUGUAAUUCAGAACUGGUUUUGAUUUUAAAACAUAACCUUUGGCAAGCCAGUAACCUACAAUAUGGUCUGAUCAUUUUGGGUAUUUUGUAAAAAUAAUAAUAAAUUGUAGAGAUGUUGUCAUUUCAAAAUCAGCUACUGUGCAUUUGCAGUAACUUCUUUCCAGUAGCCAGUGUGAUGCAGCAGAAUAGAGAAAACCGAAGGGGUUGGGUUUUGGUUUUGUUUUUAAUAGUGUGGAGAGGUAAAUUCGCUACUGAUUAGAAGAAGAUUCAGCUGCUUCUGAAAGCAUCAAAAACUGCUCUCUUAGAGGCUGCAACUGGAGCUCUGCAAGUUGUUAGGAGCAGGCUUUGAUGCAAAAGCGUAUGAAGGCAUGCUGGAUCAGUUGUUGUAGACAGGAGCCCUGAGGGCUUAUCUUCAUUUAUCUAAAAACUAUUUUGAGUCAUGGCAUUGAAGAUAGGAUUUAACUUAGCUGUGUCAUUAACCCCAGAGGAACUGAAGCUAAUUCUAUUCCAGGGUGUUGCACAUAAUUGAUACCUGCAGGAUCAUUUAGCAGUAAAUCUAUGCACAGAAAUAUGAAUAUUCAUCACUUUAGAAUCGUGUAAUGAGUUGUGGCGCAAUAUUCCUGUAAAUGAUGUAGGAUGCUUUGUAUUCUAUCCUGUUUUCAGAUGUCAAAAGUUAUGUACCAGGAAAAACAAGAAGCAGAAACAUUAUUACACAGGAAGCUGACCACAGGUAAUGGACACAGACCCCAUGACAGCUGAGUACCAGUCCAGUGCCUUAGUGACAAUACUGUUGGUGAUUGGUGCUAUACAAAUGUCCAAGAUUGAUGAAGCUGUUCUAAGUUAGGUAAUUUAUUUUGGAAGAGAGCAAGUUCUCAUCUUUCCUUAACUGUAUCUAAUAUGCUAUGUAUAUUUUUAACAAUGCUGGCAUUUGGAAGACCUAUUCCAUGGAAAUAGGUGACAAAAUUCCUACUAGCUGUUGAGAAGCAGGAUCAGGGCCAUAGAUGGUAGUAUCAGUGGAAAUCUCAUACAGGAACAGGUCCUCAUCCCUAAAAUACAUGUUGCAUUGUUCUAACAGUAAAACUAUCUGCAAGCAAACAUCUAUUGGUAGUCAAAACCCCAAACUGUACCCUUCUUCCUCAGCUUGAUACUUCUGGAAAUUCAUCCCCGGAGAAAAAGUCUUUCUGUUCUGUGACAAACUUUGAAGUGUCUUUGUAAAUAAAAUAAGCUACAAAGGGGGAUUUCUGAGCCUCUGCUGAUGAAAGCCGUUACACUGAAAAAUCUGGUGACUGACAAGAUAGAAAUUCCAGUAGGGAACAUAUUUUAAUUCUGGUCAUAACCAGAUAGUGUAAAUACUGUGAGUGGGUGUGUUUCAGUUACUCAGUAGGUAAACUGCUUCAGAGUACUUCACUGUAUUGCAGAGAUUGCUAAAAAAUCAGCCUGAGUACUGGCUUCAUUAUUAAUUGUUUUCAACCCUGAUUCUCAUCUUAUUAAAAGUUAAAACUGCUUUUUA